AUGGCGAACCCGCGGUUCAAGCUCGUGAAUGGGCCAUUGUCGCUCGCGCGAGGUCCGGACGCCCAACUGAGCGACGAUACCCUCCUCAAUCUGCUCGAAGCUGUCGAACGCGAGCUCGAAGCCCCGCCACCAAGCGGCGACGACGAGGACGACGGAAUACCUGCCCUGCCAUCAUGGUUCAACGAAGUACACUCCAGCGACUUGGUUGGCGAGACCAAACGUGUCCCGUCCAUCGUAGCAGUGGAGGUGAAGGACAACAAAUGGCAGUACUUUGGCUCUCUGGCCGGCAACAGUGGGAUACGCAUAAGCUUCAAGAACAUCUCACAGCUCCCAAGCAUUGGCAUCAACGCUCGACAGAAUCAUCUUCAAGGUGACCAGAAGGAAAACCGGAAGAAUGAGGCAAAGACCUCAUCAGGGAAAGAUGGCAAAGCUUUCGUGGAAACAUACAAAGAAGAAGACUUCGAGAUUGACCUGGACCAUGUCUCCUUCAUGGAAACCGGGAAUUUGCAGGCGCCAUUCCACGAUGGAGAUCUUGAGGCAGCCCUAGCAAGGACUGGCUGUCGGAUGGACGGAAUCAAGACAAUAGGCAAGAUUUGCUUCAGGAUCGAGGAGGAUCGUCAUCUGAUGCGGAUUCAAACGGUUGCAAGUGGCGGAGACUUCGACACAUCCACCCCAGAAGCCGAAUUUCGCGAUAUAAGCUGGCAGCUUGGAGGCCGCGUUGUCAUUUGCUUUUUUCCGGUCGAUCAAAGCUAUCAGAGACGGGCCUUUGAGGGAUUCCAAACCAUUGUAGCUGCUCGCUCUUGUACGCCCUCGAGGCGAUCAACAGACGAAUUCUUCCUCCACCGUCACGACGUUACGUAUCACCAGCUGGUAAGUGAGCCUGACCGCAGACUCGUGAAAGAGCCAUGGUUGACUACUGCAAACGGUGGUAAAGAGGCAUACAACCCGAUCUAUGCAACCAGAGAGCUUAAUGCAGUUCCAAAAAUGCGGUUCGGAUCGGCGGGUUCAUUCAAACGUGUCUAUCUCCGCGCUCUUCUUAACGAGCGGGAUUACACCGCACAGCUGCAGAAGGAACAGUGCAGCACGAGCAAGCGACAUCGAGCCACCAUAGAUCGUAUUGAUGGAAUUGUCUACGGCAUCAACAUCAUGCUCGGUGGAGACGAUGCUGCUGCAGUCGGUGGUACGCGCAUCCUCCCCAUCCCUGGCACAACAGUCGAAGUCACUCUGCUCCCGACUGAAGAAGAGUUGCGAGGCCGUGAGACAGAAGACGUGGAUAUUGAAUGUACUCUGAAGGAUGAGGUUCAGUACCCACAGUUCACGCCCAGAGGAUACGACUUCCGGAUUGUCGCCAAGUUGCCCGAGUUUCUCCAGGCAAAUCAAGACCUACUGCGCAUCGGAGUGCGGCAAUCAGUCAUCGUCCUAUGGAAGCAUCACGAUGAAGACUCGCGUCGCAAGAUGCGGACGGUCAAUGCGGUUGCCCAGCGCCUCGAUGUCGAUCUCAAGACCAGCGUGCGGCUCAAAUACGCUAGGAAUCGCAAGGAAUACUUCGAAUAUGUCAAUGUCAUCGCGGACCAUUUUGCUCCGCUGCCGGGCGUUAACCUGUGGACCCUGUGCCGCGACCUCUUUCACAGCUCCGACCUCAACAAGACGGGAGCGCUCUUGACAAAGCUGGCGACGCUUCCAGACAAGUAUGGGCUCGACAACGAUCAGAAGCGCGCGUGGGAUCUUGCCAUGAACGGCACAACGGCCAACAUUUUCUUGAUAGAAGGAUAUCCUGGCACCGGUAAGACCACGAUACUGAAGAUGAUCAUCAUCACUCUUCUGCUCAUGGGCUACCGCGUGGCCAUUGUAUGUCAGUCAAAUGCAGCCGUAGAUGCGCUCAUGGACAAGGUUUGUCAAGCGAUAUUUGGCCAUGACAAGAUUUUGGCAGACAUGUUGCCAGAGAUGGAGAUACUUCGAGACAAGCUCGUGCGUAUAUCCUCGAGCGCCCGCGAGGGAGCUAGGCUCCAUGAGCUCCACAGACUCUACCAGCAGCCCAGCAACCUGCCCGCGGAAGACACAAGCUUGGCGGCCUGCGUUCUGAGGUAUUUCCGAGCGCACCAGAAGGAACCGUUAUGCGUUGCGCUGCAUGGUCACCUAAAGGCGUACGCGGACAAAAACAUUGUUCCGCGCAAGGCGUUUGCAGCCACCGUCAAGGCUCUACGGAGCCGAAUUCUAGCUCAAUCCCUGCUAGUCGCGUGUACAUGCCACGGCUCUACGGAUAUCUUGUCCGAUAUGGGCGAGGCUGGAUUCCAGGCAGACGUGCUGGUCUUGGACGAGGCUGGUCAAGCCACGGAGCCGGACUUUUUGGAGCCCGUCGUCACCUUCCCAAGGCUGCGACGAGUGAUCCUCUCAGGGGAUAUCAAGCAGCUCGGACCUGUCCUGUUGUCCCGCACAGCCGACCAGAAUCCUUGGGCCGACGUGCUUGCCACGUCACCGCUGUUAAGAAUCACCAAAGCAUAUCCUAACGUUGCAGUGGUCGAGCUGAGGCAGAAUCACCGUGCCCACCCUCUUCUCAUAGAGCUGCCGAGCGCUCUGUUCUACGAGGGGAAGAUGAUGGGUGAUGCGCGGCUGCGAGUGCAAACUGCACUAGCGAGCAACGUUCUGGCGCUGAUACGAUCCGCAGUAUUUCAAGCGGCCAUCAAGAAGAGUGGCAAUGCCGAUAGCCGGCAGUAUUUUGUCGACAUUCAGACCCCGUCCCAGCAAGAACAGCAUGGUACCUCCACAUUCAACCCGGGAGGCGCUGCCUUCGUCGUCCGUCUGAUUUCGAAGCUCAUCACGAAAGCUAAGGUCACGCCGAAGGAUAUCGGUAUCGUCUCGAUGUACAAAGCAGACGUUCGGCACUUGACAGAUAAGCUCGCUGAUCAAGGCCUGGGCGAGGUCGACGUCCUGUCGGCGGAUAAGAUGGACCUUUCGACGGUAGACAAAUACCAGGGUCGUGAAAAGAAGAUCAUGGUCGUACACUUGGUGGCAGCUUGGCCCGAUCGCAGAGCGCCAUUCGGAUUAGUUCGUGACGCACGGAGAAUGAACGUUGCGCUGACCCGUGCACAAGAUUUCCAAUUUGUGGUGGGAAACUUGUCGUUAUGGAAGGUGUGGCUUGACAAGUAUGCGGGACGGUCACCGCCGUCGGGAGACAGAAAGAUCGGAGAGAUGAUUCAAUGGAUAUACGAGAAUGGACCUGUGGUUGACGGGGAUAGGCUGAUGAAGAGCUGA